AUGCCUUCCGCCGACUUCGCCGCCGCCCAAGAACGCAUAGCUGCCCGCCGCGCACAACGCGCCCGCAAACUUCCCUCCUCCCGCGCACCCGCCUCCACACGUCUCCCACUCAGCACAUCCGUCCUCUCAAUAUGGGACUCGAUAAAAGGCCGGGAAGGCACACAUCCCGCCUUCCGCGUCGGGCAGGUAGACGCAGAACUGUUAGAUGAAGAGCUGCUAGGCCUGCUAAAGGGGCAAGUCGGCGAAGGACUCAAAUACUUCGGACAAAAUAUCACAGACGCCUGGGCGCCCGAGAUCCUCCUCGCACUACGACUAAUCCUCUUUAAGCUGAGCAUAUGGAACAACAAUGCAAGCUACGGCGCGCAUUUACAAGGCCUCCGCUACACAGAUGCGCGAAGCAGCGCGCCCGACCGACCAACACCCGUGAAAUGGCAGAAGAUAGCUUACGGGGUAGUCACAGUAGGAGGACGCUAUGCAUGGACAAAGUGGGAAGAAUACCUCCUCGCCGCACAAGAAGAUUAUACCAGACCACAAGGCGACACCCUGAGCUUCGCAAGCCGGAUAACGGAGUACCUAGACUCAGCGCACGACAUCGCAUCCCUGACCUCCUUCCUCGUCUUCCUCGUAAACGGACGGUACAGAACUCUCACAGACCGCUUGCUUAGGCUGAGAUUAACGCCCACGAGUCACUCCACGAGUAGAGAAGUCUCCUUUGAGUACCUAAACAGGCAAUUGGUGUGGCACGCCUUCACCGAAUUUCUGCUCUUCCUGCUCCCUCUAGUCGGCAUCUCCCGAUGGCGCCGCAUCCUCGCGCGCACUUGGCGGAAAGCCAAAGUCUCUAUCCUCGCACUGCUCGGUCGCUCGCCAGCCCCCAUCGACGAAGACGACGAGUCAAAACCCGCCGGGGAGUUGGGAUUCCUGCCUGGACGUACAUGCGCCAUAUGCUACCGCGAUCAGAAUCCCACGACAGCUACAGAGCAGGAUAUCAUAUCGCAAUCUGCGGGCGGCGGCGGCGUUGUAGGAUCCGCGGCGACUGAUAUUACGAAUCCGUAUGAAGCAGUGCCGUGCGGGUGUGUGUAUUGUUUCGCAUGCCUAGCGCAGCGCAUUGCGAACGAGGAGGGCGAAGGGUGGACAUGUCUUCGUUGCGGUGAAAACAUAAAAGAGUGCAGGCCAUGGGAUGGAGAUGUGCUAGAAAAUCCUCGUCGGUCUCAGUCGCAAUCUAGUGGAGGUAACGGAAAGAGUGUUGGGUUUGCAGCUGUGGAAGGCGCGGAGAGCACUAGGGACGAGAAGGCGGGACUGAGGGAGGUGGAUCCUAUGCCAGAGGAAGAUCAGGAGGUUGAUGAAGAGUCGUUCGUUGAAGAGAGUAGAUCACGGAGCUUGGAUUGGGGACAGGCUCUUGAUGAAAGCGCUGAGUGGGCGCGGGCAAGUGAUGAUCGGAGUACAGACCAAGAUAAUCAGAGCGAAGAGUAUGACGAAGAUGAACAAGAAGAGGGCGAGGAACUAGACUUUGACCAAUGA